AUGCCUGCCGUCACACGGAGUCUCCGGUCGUCGACGCGCCUGAGCGCUGCGGCGCCGGCGGAUGAGAAGAAGACGGCUGCUGAGAAGAGCAAGGCCCCUGCCAAGACCAAAGUAGCCAAGAAGGAGGCGACUAGCAAGACUCAAACGGAAGAGAAGACUUCGAAAGCAGCUGGCGCUGGUCGCAAGAGGAAAGCCGUUGAAGCCGAGCCGGAAGAUAAGCCGGAACCCAAGGCCGAAGUCAAGAAGCCCGCAGCGAAGAAGGCCAAGAAACCCGCCGCAGGCAAGAAAGAGGCACCGCCGAGAAAGACCAAGGACGAGCUCAAAGCCCUCCGCGACGCCUCCGCUUCCGUGCCGGACGUUAACCCGGACGCUGAGCGGAGGGAUCCGCCGGAGGAGCGGUACUGGCUCAUGAAGUCGGAGCCGGAUGUGCGGAUUGAGGAUGGAUAUGAGAUUAAGUUCUCGAUUGAUGAUUUGGCGGCGAAGAAGACCCCGGAGGGGUGGGAGGGUAUUCGCAACUACGCGGCCAGGAAUAACCUCAGAGACAUGCGCAAGGGCGACAAGGCCUUCUUCUACCACUCCAACUGCAAGGAGCCGGGGAUCGUGGGCAUCAUCAGCAUCGUGAAGGAGCACUCCCCAGACUGGAACGCGUGCAUCAACGACAAUCCCUAUUACGACGACGCGGCGCCCCACGACGGUAGCAAAUGGAGUCUCGUGCACGUCAAGAUCGAGCACAAGUUCCCGCGCAUUGUGCCGCUGUCCCUGCUCAAGGAGGUCGGGCUGAAGGGCCCGCUGGCGAACAUGCAGCUGCUCAAGCUGGGCCGUCUCAGCGUUAACAGGGUUACGAAGGAGGAGUGGGACGAGGUGAUUCGCAUGGCGAAGGAGCUUGACGAGGACGGGGAGUGGGAGAAGGCUGUUGAGGAGGGCAAGAAGUUUCCGAAUUACUCGGCGGCGUAG